AUGGAUGACGACUCGAUGAGCGAUGUGCCGAGCUUCCACAUGUCGGACGAUGAGUCUGAUAACUUUGCUCCCGUAAAAGCUAAAUCGAAGACUACUGUAAAGAAAACUGCAGCACCAAAAGCGAAAGAACCAAAAGCAAAACCACUAAAGGCAGCAAAGGAGCCAAAAGCUCCGAAAGCCCCAAAGGCCACCAAGGCCACGAAAACAGCAAAAACCAUACAAACCACCCUUAACAUGGCCCCCAAAAAGCGCGCGAGGUCUGGAAGCGAUGAUGAGGACCAACAAUCGGACAACGACUCCUCAAACACUGCUUCCCAGUUGUCCAACACCCCGCCAAAUUCGAAGAAGCAGAAGAAAGCUCCCGCUGCCAAAAGACAGAGUAGUGAAGCCCUGCAUGAUAUUGAGAACGAAAGCAUAAUGGAGAUAGAACCAAAACCAAAGAAGACGAAAACUUCCACGGAACAAUACCAGAAACUCACUCAACUAGAGCACAUCAUCAAGCGUCCAGAUACCUAUAUUGGCUCUGUUGAGAAGACAGAGCAGACCAUGUGGGUAUUCAACUCAGAGACUAAGGAGAUGGAGCUUCGGAAGGUCACAUUUGUCCCCGGUCUGUACAAGAUCUUCGACGAGAUUAUGGUCAAUGCCGCGGACAACAAGCAAAACGACCCUAACAUGAAAAAUUUAAAGGUGGUUGUGGAUCGUGAGAAGGGUGAAAUUAGUGUUGAGAACGACGGUAGAGGUAUUCCAGUUGAAAUCCACGAGAAAGAAAAGAUUUACAUCCCCGAGAUGAUCUUUGGACAUCUCCUCACUGGUUCCAACUACGAUGAUGAUGAAGCCAAAACAACUGGUGGUCGUAAUGGUUACGGAGCAAAGCUUUGUAACAUUUUCAGUACCGAAUUCACGUUGGAAACACAGGACUCUAACAGCGGCAAGAGGUAUAAGCAAACCUGGGCAGAUAAUAUGAGCAAAAUGGGCAAGGCGAAGAUCUCAUCUAGCAAAAAUGCCGAUUUUACUAGAGUCACCUUCACUCCGGAUUGGAAAAAAUUCAAGAUGACAGGAAUUGAUGAUGAUUUCGAGGCCAUGGUGAAGCGCCGAGUGUAUGACAUGGCUGGUGUUGUCAAAGGUGUCAAAGUUUACCUCAAUGGAACACAGAUCAAGCUUGACUUCAAAAAGUACAUCGAGAUGUACGCCAAGGCAAUCAACAAGGAACGUGGCUCUGAAGAUACAAGCGCAAAUACCGUCAUCGUCGAGGAUUCAAAAGGUCAUCCAAAAUGGGAAGUCGGUUUUGCUGUUUCCGAUGGUUCCUUCCAACAAGUAUCAUUCGUCAACUCAAUUGCUACAACUUCCGGUGGCACUCAUGUUAAUUAUAUUGCCGAUCAGAUUUGCGAUAAGUUGCUAGAGGUCGUAAAGAAAAGGAAUCCUAAAGGUGCACUUUUGAAGGCAAACCAAGUUCGCAAUCAUAUCUUUUUGUUUGUCAACUGUCUCAUUACAAACCCUGCUUUUACCUCGCAAACAAAAGAGCAAUUGACUACGAGAAAACCACAAUUCGGGUCCAAAUGCACUUUAACGGAGGAAUUUUUGAAGAAGAUUGGCAAGACCGAAGCUGUAGAGAACAUUCUCAAUUUCGCAGCAAAGAAGGCCGAUUUGGAAUUGGCAAAGAGUGAUGGAAAUAGGCGCUCACGUAUGAAUAAUCCCAAGCUCGUGGAUGCAAAUUUGGCUGGAACAAAGCGUGGCCACGAAUGCACCUUGAUUCUCACCGAAGGUGACUCUGCCAAGGGUCUUGCAGUUGCUGGCCGAGCUGUUCUCGAUCCAGACCGUAUAGGUGUUUUCCCUCUUCGUGGAAAACUGCUCAACGUCCGCGAUGCUUCACACGACCAGAUUGCAAAGAACGCUGAAAUCCAGAAUAUCAAACAAUUCUUGGGGUUAAAGCACAAAACCGUUUACAAGGACACUUUAGGUCUUCGAUAUGGACAUCUAAUGAUCAUGGCAGAUCAGGAUCACGAUGGUAGUCAUAUCAAAGGGUUGUUGAUCAACUUUUUACAAGUGCAGUAUCCCAGUUUACUGAAACUGCCCGAGUUCUUCCGAGAGUUCAUUACUCCAAUUGUUAAAGUAUGGAAAGGACCAAACCCCAAUAAGCCUACGAACUUGCGAUCCUUUUUCACCAUACCUGAAUACGAGGAAUGGAAAGAAGCUCAUGCUAACGACAAGGGAUGGAAGCAUAAAUACUAUAAGGGACUGGGUACAAGCAAAGCUGAAGAUGCGCAAAUCUAUUUCAGCAAUCUUGACGUCCAUUUAAGGGAAUUUGAAGUCAUUAAACCAGAAGAAGAAGAGAUGUUGGAUCUUGCUUUUUCGAAGAAGAAAGCAGAUUCUCGUAAGACAUGGCUAGGAAACUUUGUCCCCGGUACCUACCUGGACCACACGGAUAAAAUGCUCACGUAUGAUAACUUCAUCAACAAGGAGUUGAUUCUUUUCAGUAUGGCGGAUAACCUCCGUUCCAUUCCUUCCGUCAUUGACGGUCUUAAGCCUGGACAACGGAAAGUCAUGUAUGCUUGCUUCAAGCGCAACCUUACAAAUGACAUGAAAGUUGUUGAACUCGCUGGAUACGUCAGUCAGGUCUCGGCCUAUCACCAUGGUGAGGCCUCGAUGCAAAUGACUAUUGUUGGCCUUGCUCAAAAUUUUGUCGGUUCGAACAAUGUUAACUGUCUAGAGCCAAGUGGAAAUUUCGGAAGUAGACUUCAGGGAGGUAGCGAUGCUGCUAGCGCUCGUUACAUUUUCACAAGACUAUCACCCUUUGCCAGACGAGUAUACUCUGCACUUGAUGACCCGGUUUUGGAAUACAACGUUGAUGAUGGUCGCUCAAUUGAGCCUGUCACUUACUUCCCAGUUGUUCCUAUGGUUCUGAUUAACGGCGCUGAUGGUAUUGGUACUGGUUGGAGUACAAACAUUCCAAAUUAUCAUCCCGUGGAGAUUGUAAAUAACCUGAAGCGCCGCAUGGGUCGUCUAGAUGAUAGUGGUGAAGAAAAACCAUUUGAAACAAUGAUGCCGUGGUUCCGGGGGUGGAAGGGCACUGCUGAACCUGCCGGUCCAGAUCGUUACAAAUUCAAUGGUAUCAUCCGAGAGACUGGCGACACUGAAGUUGAGAUUACAGAGUUACCUAUUCGCAUGUGGACCGACGACUUUAAAGCUAAGCUUGAGGAGAUUAUCAAAGCCGAAAAGGUUCCGUCAUUCAUCAAAGAUUAUAAGGAAUUCAACGACCACAAAACUGUGCAUAUGAUCAUCCAGAUGGACGACAAACAUAUGAAGGCUGCUCUGGUAGAGGGGUUAGCGGAAAAGUUCAAGCUAAACAAGACCGUCGCUACUUCUAACCUGGUGGCCUUUGACCACAGGGGUCAAAUUCGAAAGUACGAGAAAGUUGAAGAUAUCCUCGAGGAGUUUUACGAGCAACGUUUUAAGAUGUACACUGUUAGGAAAGCAUAUUGGGUGAACAAACUCAAUGUGGAAUAUCGCAAGCUCACCAACCAAGCCCGAUUCGUGACUGAAAUUAUCGAGAAUAAGUUGAUUGUUUCGAAGAAGAAGAAGCCAGUCCUUGUUGCAGAACUUCGAAAGCGCGGGUAUGAGGGAUUUCCCAAGGUCAGCGAAGCAAAGAAAGCUGGCGAAACCGAUGAUGUAGUCGAAAAUGAGGAAGAAGUGGGCAUUGAUGAAGAUGCUGGAGCUAGAGACUUUGAUUAUCUUCUCGGCUUGCCAAUUUGGUCUCUUACCCAAGAACGUGUCGACAAACUAAACAAGCAGAAGGACGACAAGAAAGACGAAAUUGACACACUAGAAAGGCUCAGUGAAAAAGACUUGUGGUGUGAAGAUCUUGAUGCAUUUGUCUUAGAGUGGGAAGACCAACUCAAACAAGAUGCUGAGAUUAGCAAGGCUAUUCGCAACACAAACCGACGUCGUUCAAACAAGAUUGGAGCCGGUGGAAAGCCUGGUGGUAGAGGUCGGCCCAGGAAUGAAGAUGAGGAAUUUACUGUUGGUGCAAAGAAAAAGGCUCCAGCUAAGGCCUUGAAAGCCGACCCAAUGAAGGGAGUCACAAAGGUUGAGAGCAAGCCCCAUCAGGGUUUCAUGGAUAUGUUCUCUAACAAACCUAAAUCGAAAUCAGUUGGGCGCUUUGAUGGUGGCGAUGAUUCGGGCAUGUCUGAUGAUGAUUUUGCGGCGUUGGCGGCUCCAGAAGCGAAUGCCCCUAAAGUUGAUGCCGGUGCUGGACGAACCAAGCGUGCAGCAGCUGCUGCACCAAAGAAAUGGAUAGUGGAUGAUGAUGAGGAGGGUGAAAGUGAUGACAAUCUUCUUGGCGAUAUUGAUAAUAUGGUCAAGGGCAUUGGUGGUAACGAUAAAGAAGUCGCUGCUACGGGAAGUUCGAGACUUUCCUUGUUUGCGAUGUCAACAAGUAAUGGAGACAGACCUGGUAGCAGCACAGGUUUACCCAAGCCCAAACCUAAGCCUGGCAAGGUAAUCGACCUUUCCGAAGACGAGACCAACUAUGAAAUGCUUGCUAGAAGUUCCCCUCAAAAGGCUCCGGCUAAAGAUGAGGUUGAUGGUCUUUUGUCUUCUGACGAAGACAUUAUUCCGAUCGUCCCGAAGAAGGCUCCUGCUCAGAAAGCAAAGGCAGCGAAAGAAGCACCGAAGCCUAAGAAAGCGCCUGUUGCUAAGAAGCAAGUUGCCGUUGCAGAAUCCAAGCCUGCUCCUCUUUCACCAGCCGCGAAGGCAUAUGCAGCGAAACAAAACCGCCUCCAGCAGAUUUCUAAGACAAUCGGCUAUAGUGAGUAUGAAAGUGAGGAGAAGGACAUGGAGGAAGCGUCAUCACCGCCGCCAAAGCCCGCCGCCAAAGGUAGACAAGCCAACUCAAAGACAACUGUUACUAAAUAUGCCAUCAGUGACGGAUCAGAUGAAGACAUUGGAAUGGAAGAUGCCGCACCACCCAAAAAAGCUCCCAAAGGUAAAUCUGCUUCUAAGACGACUGAUACCAGUGACGACGAGGAAGACUCCAUUGCCCCUGCUCCCAAAAGGGGUGCCAAAUCCAAGGCUACCCCCAAGAAGUUCGUCGUCAGCGAUGAUGAGGACGAGUCGAUUGCCCCUGCUCCCAAAAGGGGUGCCAAAUCCAAGGCUGCCCCCAAGAAGUUCGUCGUCAGCGAUGAUGAGGACGAGUCAAUUGCCCCUGCUUCCAAGAGGGGUGCCAAAUCCAAGGCUGCCCCCAAGAAGUCAGAUAUUAGUGAUGAUGAGGAUGAUUCCAUCGCUCCUCCUCCCAAGCGUGCCGCAAGCUCGAAAGCUGCAGCUAAGGAGCUAGUUAGCGAUGAUGAGGACGUGGAUGAAGAUGAGGUCGAUUCUCCACCCAAGCCAGCUGCACGCGCAGGCCGUGGUCGUCCGGCAAGAACUGCUGCUGCCAAGCCCAAGAAACCAGUCUAUACUAUCGACUCGGAUGAUGAGGAAGAUGAUGACGAUGUUGAUGAGUCUGCACUAGUGGAAGAUGAUGAAAGCGAGGAUGACUUUAGCGAAUGA